UAUGGUGAGUGGUGAUGACACCUUUUUAUUCUAAGUUCUCUGAUAAUUAGUAUAGUAUGUGCAUUUCUGAUCUUGUAACAUCAAGAGAGUUAUUGCUAUUGCAGGGCCGAAAAGAUUUUUCAUUACAUAACACGUUAGAUGAUAGAAUGGAUCAAGUUCAAUUCCAAGAUUUACCACUCUUUAAAUUUGAUAAGUUAGUAGUUGCAACAAAUUCUUUUUCCUUAAUGAACAAGAUUGGACGAGGUGGUUUUGGUAUUGUGUACAAGGGAAAGUUGGAAGAUGGGAAAGAAAUAGCGGUUAAAAGACUUUCAAGAGGAUCUGGACAAGGCUUACGAGAAUUUAUGAAUGAAGUAGUAGUGAUUUCAAAACUUCAACACAAAAAUCUUGUCAGACUGUUGGGCUGCUGUGUAGAAAAAGAGGAAAAACUGUUAGUUUAUGAAUACAUGCCAAAUAAGAGCUUAGAUGCAAUUCUCUUUGAUCCACAUCUUCGGAAAGAUUUGGACUGGAUGAAGCGCUUCAUUAUUGUUGAAGGGAUAUGUCGAGGCCUACUUUAUCUUCAUAGAGAUUCUAGGUUGAAGAUUAUACAUCGAGACCUCAAGGCAAGCAACAUUUUGCUCGAUGAAGAGCUCAAUCCAAAGAUAUCAGACUUUGGAAUGGCUAGGAUAUUUGGGAGCAAGCAAGAUCAAGCCAAUACCUUAAGGGUUGUUGGUACCUAUGGGUAUAUGUCUCCAGAGUAUGCCAUGGAAGGUCGAUUCUCUGAAAAAUCGGAUGUAUUUGGUCUAGGAGUGCUGCUAUUAGAGAUUGUCAGUGGCAGAAGGAACAAUAGCUUUUCAAAUUAUGAAUCCUUAAGCCUUUUAUCUUAUGCAUGGAAAUUAUGGAAUGAAAAUGAUAUACUUAGACUAAUUGAUCCAGCAAUAGAUUUUGACCGAAGUUUUCGAGUUCAGAUAUUGAAAUGCAUACAACUGGGGCUAUUAUGUGUGCAAGAAUAUCCUGAAGAUAGGCCAACCAUUUCGGCAUUAAUUUCCAUGCUUGAUGUUGAUGAUGUUGCUGACCUUCCACGUCCAAAGAAACCUGGUUUUACACAAAAGAAAAUUUAUAGCACUGAUGAUGAAGUAGUUCCUCAAUAUGGUGAAGAACACGUUUCUAUAAACCUUGUUUCCGAUCUGACUAUAUUAAGUGGCCGAAAGGUAAAUCAUGUAUCCACAACAAUGACGAAGUACAUAUAUAUAUUAUAUAUAUUUAUAAAUGGUUGUAUAAUCUAUGGUGGACUAAGUAUUAAAAAUCGAACACAUAUAUCAUCAACUCAUGCAUGUUUCAUUUCUCAAAGCCAUAAAGGGAAAAAAAAAAAAUCUAUAAUGACAUUGUAUGUUGCUUCUUUUCCAAUCUUUAUACUACUAUCCAUUUGUUUUUUUUGUUUGAACUUUGUCACAGCAACCACAAAUAUUAGCAUCUCUGAAUUUCUUAGAGAUUCAGAAAUUUUAGUGUCUACUAAUGCCAUGUUCAAGAUUGGCUUUUUCAGUCCCACUAACUCAACAAAUCGCUAUGUUGGAAUCUGGUACAAUAUGGAGGAUUCUGAUGCGUUUGAUGUUGUAUGGGUAGCAAACAGAAAUAACCCGAUCAAAGACUCUUCUGGGGUGCUAAAAAUAUUUGAGGAUGGGAAUCUUCAACUCUCAGAUGGGCAAAACACGAUUUUUUGGUCAUCUAAUGUGUCUGAUCAGGCAAAUAGUACUAAUGUUGCUCAGCUUCAAGACACGGGGAACCUUAUUAUGCUCUCAGGUGCUAGUGGGAGGAUCAUUUGGCAGAGUUUUGAACAUCUCACAAAUUCAUUGUUGCCACUAACAAAAGUCUCUAUUGAAAAGGAUACUAUGUAUGAAUAUUCAAUGCUACGAUCUUGGAAGAACGCAUCAGAUCCAUCAAAUGGACGCUUUAGGGUAGGAAUAUUACCUCGCACACUUCCUGAAUUUGUCAUAUGGGAUGGUAAUAAGCCUUAUUGGCGGUCUGGCCCAUGGAAUGGUAACCUUUUUCUUGGAUUGCCUAAUUUAUCUUCAAGGGCUUCCAUGGGAUUCCGUAUUGUAAAUAACAACCGUGAAGGAACAGUUGAUUUUGUAUAUUAUGUGGAGAACGAAUCAUUACUGAGAUACUUUUUGUUAAACUACAAUGGAAAUUUGAUCGCAAAAAAAUGGGAUGAUGGUAGCCAGAAGUGGGGAAUUGAGUGGCAAUCCUUUGGACCUGAGUGUGUGUUUUAUGGAAAGUGUGGUCCUUUUGGAAGCUGUAAUCCAAAGGAUUCACCAAUUUGUAGUUGUUUAAAGGGGUUUGAACCAAAGAGUAUUGAUGAAUGGAGCAAAAACAAUUUUACUAGUGGGUGUGUUCGAAAAACACCAUUGCAGUGUAGUAUUAUAGGAGGAAAAGUAGAUGGUUUUUUGAAGCUAAAGAAUAUGAAUGUGCCAGAUUAUGCUGAUUUGUUAUUAUCAGAUGAUAUAGAAGGUUGUGGGAGGAAGUGCUUGAAAAAUUGUUCGUGUUUAGCUUAUGCAUAUCCCAAGGGUAUUGGAUGCAUGGUGUGGGAUGGAAGCCUAUUAGACUUGCAACAACUAUCUGUUGAUGGUGCUGCUGAUCUUUUCAUUCGUUUGGCUGAUUCAGAAUUAGGUCAAACUAGUAAUUUGAAAAUACUGAUUGCAGUCAUAGCAUUUGGGGCGACAGCCACAUUUGGUGUCUCUGCAUACUGUCUACGGAGGUGGAUGCUUCAACGAUAUGCUAAGAAUUCCUCGAACAAAAAGAUACAUUUUGUUGGUUCUGAAAUGGAUCAAGUUGAAUUCAAAGAUUUAUCAUUGUUUGAAUUCAAACAAUUGGAAGUGGCAACUAGUAACUUUUCAGUCGAUAACAAGCUCGGACAAGGUGGUUUUGGCCCAGUGUACAAGGGAAAACUGGAAGACGGACAGGAGAUAGCAGUGAAAAGGCUUUCAAGAGCAUCUGGACAAGGCCUGCAAGAAUUUAUGAACGAAGUGCUUGUGAUUUCGAAGCUUCAACACAACAAUCUUGUCAGACUGUUGGGUUGCUGUGUAGAAGGAGACGAGAAAUUAUUAGUUUAUGAAUACUUGCCAAAUAGGAGUUUAGACGCACUUCUCUUUGAUCCAAGUCAUAAUAAACAGUUAGAUUGGAAGAAGCGCUUCAAUAUUAUCAAUGGGAUAUGUCGAGGUGUCCUUUAUCUUCAUAGAGAUUCUAGAUUGAAGAUUAUUCAUAGAGAUCUCAAAGCAAGCAACAUUUUGCUGGAUGAAGAGCUCAAUCCAAAGAUAUCUGAUUUCGGAAUGGCAAGGAUAUUUGAGACCAAACAAGAUCAAGGAAAUACUGUGAGGGUUGUUGGCACUUACGGCUACAUGUCUCCAGAGUAUGCUAUGGAAGGCCGAUUUUCUGAAAAGUCUGAUGUAUUUAGUCUUGGAGUACUACUAUUAGAGAUUGUCUGUGGAAGAAAAAACAGCAUCUUUCUAGAUUAUGGGUCUCUGAGCCUCUUAACAUAUGCUUGGAAAUUGUGGAAUGAGAAUGAUAUGUUUUCAUUGAUCGAUCCAAGUAUUUAUGAUCCAUGCUAUGAAGGAGAGAUUUUGAAGUGCAUACAGUUGGGGUUAAUAUGCGUGCAAGAAUUUCCAGAAGAUAGGCCUACCAUUUCGGCAUUGUUUUCCAUGCUUGAUGUUAAUGAUAUAAUGGAGCUUCCGCAGCCAAAGCAACCCAGCUUUACUCAGAGGAGAGUUUAUACUACUGAUGAGGGCAGCCACAGUGGCCAAGAGAAUGGCUCUAUAAACCACGUCUCCCUGACUGUAUUAAGUGGUCGAUAGAGUGUUGGAUUUUCUUAGCAAGAGAUUUAGCUCAAUCACUAGAGUACCAAAAUUCAAGUGUUAAACCUAGUAAACUCUCUUCUGAGCUACUUCCUCCGUUCCCUUUUAGAUGACACAGUUUGACUUUUGCACUAUUUACAAACAACACUUUGA